AAGCAGAAACCGGAAGCUGCUAGAAGAACUAGCUUGUUGUUGUUCUGGUGUGUGAGGAGAAUAUUUGAGGCUCUGCAGUAAAAAUGUCUUCACUUCAGUCUCUGGGAGAGUUGACCAGCUAGAGCGACUAACUGCUGCUGCAGCAGAAAUCUUCUCACCAGGCUGUGGAAACUUUCUUCUCCUCCUCAAACACUUGGUGGAGUUCUUUCCAGAACCAGAGAAGAUAUUCUGCGGUCUUCGUGACAAUCGGAGCUCCAGAAUCAGGUUGUAGCUGUUAGCUGAACACGGCUAAAGAAAACCUGCUACCACUUCAGGAUCAUCCAUCAGCUGGGACUGCUUCAUCGUGUGUUCUUCACCACCUGGACCUGGACAGCAUGGACACAGGACAAAACUCCUGCAGUUACACCCGGGGACUGGGUCUUCAUUAAGGUCAUCAAAAGAAAAACCUGGACCAGUCCCAAGUGGGUAGGACCUUUCCAAGUUCUACUGGCUACUCCCACUGCUGUAAAAAUCGCUGAGCGACCCACCUGGAUUCAUCUGUCCCAUUGCAAACUGCUUAAACAUCUGGAUUAAUAGACACGGGUUAUGGGGGAAGACCAGCUACAAAGGGGUUUUGGUGUUUAGACCCAAGGCAUCUCAACGCGAGGUGAAGAGUACACAGGUACAAGAUCCCUAACUCCUAGCGGUCAAACUUCUCGUUAGGAGAAGGCUAUUAAUCCAGUUGUUUGCAUCACCAUCCGCAACCAUGAAGCUCUCUAUCAUCUUUUUACUGUUUGCUAUGGUCCAUUGGACCUGACGACUGCACACACCACACAAGCAAAGCCUGCUCCUAUAAAUAUCCAUGAAGCACACCAAAACGCCUGGUACCACAUGGUAAAUCUAACCGCCAAAAGACUAGGAUUUAAUAACAGUUGCUAUAUCUGCUCCUGGAUCCCCCAUCAUUCAUUGGAAAAUCCCACGAUGACAGCUAUCCCCGUCUCCCUGAAUGACACCAUAUGUCUACUUCACGCCCACACCCGCCAAGCCUUUGAGUCACGGGAAUGCACCAUUCCCCACUGCUGCUCACCUCAACAUCAACAGAGACGCUGGUCACGCCCUGCCAGCUAUUCUGCAUCAACCAACUCCUCCAUCUCCAAAGGAAUACAUCUACUCCGUCUCACAGGUAAAGACCCAUUCUGCAUCUCUGUCUCCUGCUCAAACUCCAUGACUCUGUUGGGCAGAUCCACCUGCGAUGACACUCUCCCCGGAGACGGAUGGACUGUGAGAUCUCGCACAUCUCAUACAAAGAAACAUUGGUUAACACUUCGGAUUACUACCCCUGGUUACAUUACCAUAAAUGUAACCUUGUUAAGCUUUGUAAUGACUGGAAGACCCUACUACCCACCAUGGAAGACACAUGAACAUAUUCUGGAAGUCCCCUCAAUUAUGGGAAUGGGGACCCCUGAAGGCUACAUCUGGAAGUGCGGAAGCUCUCUCUAUCUGUACCUGCCACGUGACUGGUGUGGCACCUGCAGCUUGGCUCGGCUGCAACCCUCCUCAUAUAUCAUCACCGAGGAAGGGUCCGUCUUUACGAGGACACCAGAGUCGAAGAGACAUAAGAGAGAAUUUAAACCUGUUAAAAUCUUCCGCCCUUUCUCCAGCGACGACAACCACAGGCCCCUCUACGACGACUCCAAAGGAAUCCUCUACACCAUCUUUCCCCAGCUGGGAACUGCCAGCCUGAUGAAACGUAUGAAUGAAGUAUGGUGGACCCUAGAAAACAUCACCACUAUACUCUCUGAUAUGACCUUGUUCCUGGCUGACAACCCUGAGCGACAAGCAAUGAAAACUAUGUUGAUGCAGCACCAACUUGCCCUGGACAUUCUGUUUGCCUCGGAAGGCGGCCUCUGUGCAAAAAUUGGUGAACACUGCUGCACCUAUCUCCCUUCAUCACGUGACAACUGGACUCUGAUUCACGACCGUGUUAGAUAAAUCGGAGACUUCCUGAAAUCCAAUGAAUCAACUGGUGGAUCCUGGAGUUUUAUGAGUUGGCUGAUGUCUGGUAACUGGUAUCAGCUCUUAUUAAAGUUUCUCACACCUGUUAUUAUUAUCCUAGUUAUGAUUUGCUUAGUUUUAGGCUGUGUCAUCCCGUGUUUGAAGAAUAUGGUAAGCAAAUUAAUGACAAAUACCUUAGUUCAAUAUACUCUCCUGAGGCAAAAAGAGGAACUUGCAGAAGAUGAAUAUAUUGCCUAAUAAAGUUGAUUUCAUUAUGAUUUCAACAAUGUAAAUUACAGUUUCUGUAACCAUUGUUGUUUGAUGUUCUUGUUAUCAACUCAGAUUAAAUUAUCCUUUAGAUUUCUUAGAUUACUCUUUAAUAUUGUUUCAGUAGUAUAAUCAUUAUUAUAAUCACUUUAGAAUUAGGUUAUUCAUAUUGGUGGUUUUUAAUUUAUUUUGAUUAAUAAUGUGUGAUUAAGGUGACCUCUGUUUGAACAGGGGGAAUAUGUUAGGAAAAAUCCUGACCUAGUUAAUCAACCAGAGUUCACUCACCCUUGCUGCUUAAAGUUACUUGUUUACUUGUUGACAUUUGAAUGUUUUCACUAACUCCUUGUCUGCUUCAGGCACCUGUAUGCAGGAACGCCGUUCUGCCAGACCUAGAGACGCCUGAUCUAUUAUCUGAAGAAACCCUUUUGUCACAGGUGGAUUCCUGGGACAGAGGGAUUUUUAAACCUGUUAUUGUGCAUUCUGUGAUGUGUGUGUGUGUGUGAUCUUGUCAAUAAAUACGCUCAAAAGAGCUUCAUCUCGGUGUGAGAGCAAACUGAC